UACUAUUAUCCCGAAGCGGCGUGGUGGUUUUGUGUGGCUGGGAGAUAGAGCUCGCAAGCUCCUUGCUGGUACCAGUUAGUCGGGGGAAAAUCCCUCAUCCAACUGCACGUAGCUUCCCACUGGGUGGUUUGUCUGCUUCCUUGGCAAAUCCCCGUUCGAUUCCCGGGAGUGAAAGUUUGCAAGCCGGAUCAUGGAGUUUAAGGUGGAGGCGCACCGCAUUAUGACCAUCUCCCUCGGCAAGAUCUACUCGUCCCGGGUCCAGCGCGGUGGCAUCAAACUACACAAGAACUUGCUGGUGUCGUUGGUGCUCAGGAGCGCCCGGCAGGUCUACCUGAACGAGCAGGAAGAGUCCUACCUACGGGCGCAAGGCCAGUUCCAGCCGGUGGCGGCGGCAAUGGGCGGCCAGCAGCCUCCCAGCUGGGCCGAGAUGGAGGCGAGGAUUGCUGGCGAGGGCCUCGGGGAACACGGGCCUGCCCGGGCGGAGGCGGCGGAAAGGACUGAACCUCAAGAACAGGCGCCAAGUUGGGCGGAGGCGGAAAGGACUUUAUGCCCGCCCUCCAAUGAGCAAGGGUCGGAGACAAAGGCCCCGCAGGAACAGCGUGUUCCCCGCCAGCCCCCUGCGACUUGUACCCAGCAGCUGGAGGCUAGGGGGACUCGAGAGCCGGGCUGCGUCCGUAAAAAGAGGAGCGGAGAGCAAGGGGAAGCCGAGCCUGAAAGUCUGUUCAAAAGGCCCAGAACCGAGAAGCAUUUGAUCAUCUCGACUGCCACCCCACAAGAGGAAGAGGAAAUGGAGACCUCCAAUGUCUCCAGCCUCAUCAACAUCUUUGGCUCCAGUUUCUCAGGGCUCCUGAGUAAGGAGGAGAGUGACGGCGAGAGCGGGCAGAUCUGUUGCGAUCAAGUACUGGGGAACAUGGGUUCCUGGAACAGGGCGAUUGUCGCUUUCUGAAAGCUUCGCCCUUUGGGACAGUAGAGAUGGAGACCAGGACUUUGUCGGCUUUGACUGGUUCUCAUUUCUGGAGCAUGUGCCACGACUGGGGAGGUUUGGUUCGUAUCAUCCUGCACCUCUCAAAAGGCGCCCUCAGCAUCACGUGGAGAGCAGCUUCAUUCACCACCUCUCAAUGAGGAAAUGGCGAGGAUAGGUGGCCUCUGACAGGCGUGUUCAGUCUCGGGUGGAGGACAUUUCUUCGAGUUGGGAGUUCCUGUGGAUUUUGUUUCUGGUUUAAUAGUGCGACCUGGGUAAAUGUUGAAAAGGUAGCAAGAGUAUUUCAAAGUUUUUCAGUAUAUCGAAACCAGAUACAACUUGCUGAUUAAGUUGCCUUUUUCCCGUCUGUUCUGCGCCCUUUCGCAGAUAUUAAUAUGCAUUGCAUUCGUACUGAGCAGUUUAGAUUGCUGUGCGGGUUAUUUAACGUCUUUGUUUUAUAAAGACAUCAAAUGUGUUCGAUUAUCCGUUUUUGUAAUACUGUUUUCAUUGUAUUAAUGGUAUAAUUUACACGAAUUAA